AUGCUAAAAAAACAAUAAUUGUAUUCUCUAUGACAAAACCCAGAGUCACAUCUAAUGUAACAGUCUUUGGCUCUCUUCAAGUUCACUUCUGUUAAUGACACUAUUUCUGUUAGUUAGCACAGUCACUUCCUGUGGGCGAGGUUGUGACAGCUUGAAACCAGAAUUCUGUGUUGAGAUACAGCACUGCAGUUCAACAUAUUUCAUAUAUAACAAGGUCCCAGUUGGAUGAGAGAGCCCAUGGAUUACAAAUUCCUGCUUCUAUUAACUCAAAGUGGAAGCAUUUCUCAGAAGCAGAGUGGCGCAGUGUGGCUGUGAGGAUGGGACACGCUUUGCGCUGUGUGCUGGCGUUACUCUCACUGAAUAUACUCUAUUGUGGACAUGCUCAAGAUGCUGUGCUGAACAUUGAGCCGAACUGGUCCACUUUCUUUACCGGAGAGUCUGUUACCUUCAUGUGUGGCGUUACGGGAGUAAAAGACCCCAACUCGUAUUACAAAAUCUAUAAGGCUGAUCAACGAGAUGACGACUACACCAAAAACGAGAACUAUACAUUACAACCUCUAGCUAAAGACUGGAGUGGUGAAUACCACUGCUUGAUGACUCAUCUGGGCUCAACUAAAGAGAGUAACAAAGUCUCUCUCACUGUAUCAGACAAAGACGUGAUUGUGGAAACACCUGCAUCUACCUUGUUUGAAGGAGAACCAGUGACUCUGCGCUGUAGGCAUCGUACCCCGAGAGAGGGGCAGGAUGCCGUCUUCUACAGAGACGGAUCACCUAUUGAAGUGGACACAAACCAUCAGUCACCCAUGAGAUCAACAAACACAGUUCAAGUGACGUCAGAUCGGAGCUCUUACAUGUGUAAAUUUGAGGACGAAGAAUCUGAAGCAAUAACUCUGAAAAUGGAACCACAACCAAAGGCCCAACUGAGCCAAGACGAUCAUGUCGGGGGCAACGUGACCCUGACCUGCUCUGUGAAGACAUCAUCUUCAUCUGGUUGGAAAUACUUCUGGUACAGAGGCAAGAAAGCCUCUGAAGCCCUGACCACACAGGGUGUGGUCUUCCACUCAGAUGCAAAGAUCAGUGUCUCAGAAGGAGGACUCUACUGGUGCAGAGGAGGAACAGGAGACCCCGUUUACUACACAGAGUACAGCCAUUCAGCCGGUAAAGAAGAAAUCUUCACAAACAAGGCUGUUGUGACCCGACGACCCAACUGGCCUGAAAUAUACAGAGGAGAGACGGUCACUCUGACAUGUGACAUUAAGGACGGAGGAGACACUGAGUGGGAGUAUAGCUGGACAACAUCCAGUAGCUCCACACCACCAAGAACACAUGAAUACAUGAUUAGUAAUGCUGAGUCAUCACACAGUGGAGACUACAGGUGUAAGGGCACACUGAAAGGUGAAAGGUCUACAAAGUGGAGUGAUGCAAUAAUACUGAGAGUAUCUGACAAUAAACCUCGGCCAGUCCUCAAUGUGUCUCUGUCAUGGCUGAGCCCUGGAGCCUCAGUAACUCUGACCUGCAGUGUUGAACAUCCAGCUGCAGGAUGGAGGUACUACUGGUAUAAGGCUGUUCCCAAACUGUCAGACAACUCCUACAGCUCUGAGCUGCUACCUGGCAGCAGCACUGGGACUGAACAGGAUUCCUACAUCGUUCAUGGACAGACACACACAGCAGGAUAUGUGUGCAGAGCUGGAAGAGGAGAUCCAGUGUAUUACACUCAAUACAGUCAACCGAAGUUUGUCUGGUCUGGAGAUGUUCAUUCAGCAGCGUCUCUCUCAGUGAGUCCUGACAGACUGCAGCACUUCACCGAUACGUCUGUGUCACUGAGCUGUGAGGGAAACUCUACUGAGUGGAGCGUGAACAGGUUCUCAGAAUAUGGCAACCGGGUUACCUGUUCAGUGUGGGGGACAAUGACUGGAUCCACAUGCAACAUGAACCGUGACUGGACUAGUGGAGUUUACUGGUGUGAGUCUGAAACAGGACAGUUCAGCAAUGCAGUCAACAUCAGUACAGUACUCUCUGACGGUGUUAUCCUGGUGAGCCCUGUCCGUCCUGUGGCUGAGGGAGAUUCUGUCACUCUUGGCUGCAAGUUGAAGACAGAAAAAGUUCUUUAUAAUGUGGAUUUCUAUAAAAAUGGCAAACUCAUCCAAAAUAAUACCAAAGGGGAGCUGACUAUCUCUGCAGUUUCAAAGUCAGAUGAAGGCUUUUAUAAAUGUAAAGGACUUAAAUCUAAAGAUUCACAAUACAGUUGGACGUCACCAGAGAGUUGGAUGUCAGUAACAUCAGCAGCGUCCGGGCCUGUAGAAAGCUCUCCGUCUCCUGUGCUGUGGAUCGUUGGGCUGCUUUGUGGAGUUUCUUUUCUGAUCAUGUUCCUGCUGUUUCUGUAUCGCUGCAGAAAGUCAAACGAUUCAUGCUUUACCAGCAGGUCUCAGAGCACCAAUCAGGGCCCUGCUACAGACCACAUGAUCAACCAGGGGGAAACUCAACAGAGAGAGUAUGCUACUCUUCUCCACGGUGAUGCUUGUCUCUAUGAAACAAUCCAAGGGCCCGAAGAACCUGAACAUGGGGAGAAUAACGAGCCAGAGGAGAGCGAGUACAUAAACGUGACGAUGGAAUCAGCUGCAGAUCAAUAAAAACAUCUGUGUGGACGACACCAGUGGAAUGGAGGACAACAU